AUGUUAGCUAGUAUGCAAAAGCACAUGCAGAGUAGGGAUGCACAAAUUGAUUCGAUCUUAGCUCACAAUAAAAUCAUGGAUAAUCAAAUUGCGCAACUUUCCUCUACUGUACUUACUCGCCAGCAGGGAGCCCUACCGUCGCAGCCAGUACAACCUACAGAUCAUGAAAAUGCAAUUACUCUAAGGAGUGAUUCACACUAUGAUGGGCCUCCUAUGCCUAAGGAUGAUGAACCUGUUUUAACCAAUAUUACUAAUCCUGAUUAUGUUAUACCAAAUGAUCUUGGUACAACUCCAAAGAAAGUUACAACACAAGACAAGAGUGAAGAUGUACAAAAACCAGUUAUCAAACUACCAUUCCCUAACAGACAAUUGAAGACUAAGUUGGAUAAGCAGAUUGGUAAAUUUCUGGAGGUUGUGAAAAACUUACAGGUAACAGUUCCUUUCACAGAGUUAAUUACACAAGUUCCUGCAUAUGCUAAAUUUAUGAAAGAUAUUUUGACUAGGAAGAGAGCCUAUAAUGAGGUAGAGACUGUAGCUUUUACAGAGGAAUCAUUAUGUGAUUUGGGUGCCAGUGCUAGUGCUAUGCCAUCGUCUGUGUGUUCAAAGCUUGAUUUAAAAGUUACAAACAUUACUUUGCAAAUGGCAGACCGUUCUGUUAAAUACCCUUUAGGUAUUCUAGAGGAUGUCCCUGUUAGAGUUGGAGCCAUUAUUGAUGUAAAAAUUGGAAAAUUAACUCUAUCUGUCGGAGAUGAUAAUAUCACUUUUAAUCUAGGGAUGGUUUUGAAAGGUCCUAUGCUAGAGGAAAAUUGUUGUAGUAUUGAUGUGAUUGAUGUUAUUGAUGUUAUUAGUGAAGAUAGCUUACCACAGAUCCUUGCGAGGGAUCCCUUGGAGGAAGUACUUUGUGGUGAUUUUACUACAAAUGAUGCUGGUAUUUGGAGUAGUGAGGUCGAUGCUAUAGAGAAAGCACUCGCAUUUGAAGACCUUGACCCUAAGAGAGAAUUACACCCUGUGAUCAUUAGUACUACACUUGAUGACCUACAAACUUCCCAACUUCUUGAGGUUCUUCGAACCUACAAAAGGGAAAUUAGGUACAGUAUUGAUGACCUCAAGGGUAUUAGCCCUGAUUUUUGUAUGCACAGGAUACACUUAGAGGACAAUCACAAACCAUGUAUUCAACCCCAGAGAAGGUUGAAUACUAACAUGCAUGAAGUAGUUAAGAAAGAUGUUAUGAAAUUACUUAAUAUGGGUACUUUGGAUUUUUUCCAAAUUCCGAUUCACCCUAAAGAUCAGGAAAAGACCACAUUUACAUUCCCUUAUGGUACUUUUGCAUAUCGUAGGAUGCCCUUUGCUUUAAAAUAUCUUAUAGCUAAGGUGGAAACAAAGCCUAGGCUCCUCUGUUGGGUUCUUUGCUCCAAGAUUUCAAUGUGGAAAUUAAAGAUAAAAAGGGAGCAGAAAUGUUGUUGCAGAUCACUUGUCGAGGAUCAAGAAGUUCACGGUGUACUUACAAGAUGCCACAACUCACCAUAUGGAGGACACCAUGGUCCCACUAAGACAGUAGCAAAGAUCAAUAAGUCAGGUUUCUAUUGGCCUACCAUGUUCAAGGAUGCUCACUCUUUUGUCCAAACUUGUGACUCUUGCCAGCGGACUGGCAACAUCUCGCAGCGGCAUGAGUUGCCCCAAAUCGGUAUUUUGGAAGUUGAGAUUUUUUAUGUUUGGGGUGUUGAUUAUAUGGGACCUUUUCCCUCAUCAAAAGGGAAUCGUUAUAUCCUUGUCGCCGUUGAUUAUGUAUCUAAGUGGAUUGAAGCUAUUGCCACACCUACCAAUAAUGCCAAGCUAGAUACCCUUCUCAAGAAGUAUGGUGUCUACCAUAGGACGGGUUUAGCCUACCAUCCCCAAAGUAGUGGCCAAGUUGAGGUUUCUAAUCGUGAGAUUAAGGCUAUUCUAGAGAAGGUGGUACCAAAGUCUAGGAAGGAUUGGAGCGAUAAGUUGGAUGACACUCUUUGGGCGUAUAAAACCGCAUUUAAGACUCCCAUUGGUACUUCCCCCUAUAGACUUGUGUAUGGGAAAGCAUGUCACCUCACGGUGGAAUUAGAGUAUAAGGCUUAUUAG